AUGCCGAAGCUGCUCCUGGUUGCGUUUGAGGGCUUCGAGCUGCUUGACGCCUUCGGGCCGCUCGAGCUGCUGCUGCUCGCAGGGUACUCCGUCACCAUCGCAGCGCCGACAAACGGCGUCGUCCGUGGAGGCGUCGUCGGGAGCGAAGCAUGCAAGAGCGAAGCGGCUAAACUCGAAGUUCGCUCAUGCGUGCCCGUUGUCGCCUCACAUUCCCUGGUCGAGGCGCUCUCCCAGAAGUGGGAUCUGCUGCUUGUGCCCGGCGGCCAGGGCACGCGUGCCCUCGUUGGCGACGAGCCCUUCCUCGCUACUCUCGCGCUCCUGUGUGACGCCUCGGCCGCCGUCGCCUCUGUCUGCACCGGCUCUGCGCUGCUCGCUGCGGCCGGCGUGCUCGAUGGCAGGAAGGCGACCACAAAUAAGCGGGGCUGGGCGUGGGUGACGGAGAGCAGCAAGCGUGCGGCGACGGUCGAAUGGACGCCCCGGGCGCGCUGGGUGGCGGACCGGACCGGCGGCAAGCUUUGUGCGACAUCCAGCGGCGUGGCGGCGGGCCUGGACAUGGCCGUCUGGCUUGCCUCGGACUUGCUGGGCGCUGGUGUCGGCGAGGCGGCGGCCAAGCGCGCCGAGUACGUCCCCUCGACCGAUCCGGCCGACGACCCAUUUGCUGCGCUCGUCAAGUGA